CUCACCUUUCCAGAGUCUCACCCAGAGACAUCGCACCGUAUCUUACUUGUACCCGACUUCCCACUGCAUUCCGUGACUAUAUAAAACAAACGCUCAAAGAUGGAUCCGACCACCAACAACACGAAUAACUUGGAAUAUCUAGUAUGCGGCAAAGACGCUCCCAUCGUCACCCCUUCCACACCAGCGCAACCGACACUGAUCCAGCCUAUUACCACAAUCGUGUCUAUACUAGACAAUACCGUAUACGAUGAAGCCGAAGAGACGGAAGAUAGCGAGAGAACACUUGACUACGUCCGAGUCCAGCUCAAGGCUUUGAGAUACCUAGCAUCCUACCCGUCAGAUAUGCUCAGCGGGCGGCAAGCAUGCAAGUGGACGCAAAUGAUCUCGCCAUCGGAUUUCAAGCCAACAGCAAGAGAGGCACUGCAUCUAUGCUACUACCUGCGCUCCCAAGGCUUCGACACGUUUGCAAAGUUCAAGCGCGGAUACAUGAAACUAUACGUUGCAGACCAGGAGUCCAACAAGCGGAGUCCGCACACCGAUGUGCUGUAUUGGAAGCAAGAUGUCAAGACCAACGAUAUCAGGUAUGCGUGCUCUCCCGGGAUACCAGAGCCAGUAGUAGGAGGCAGACGCAACGCUGUUGCGACGCUAUCGCUACAUACCACAGAAGGUCGAUCGCUUUACGACCACUACUACGGUUACUAUGCAGAGCAACGAAGGCAAGACCAGCGCACACUAGAUAGUCUUGCGACUCUCAUGUCGGCAGCAGAAAUCCGGUUGCAGAACUUGGUCGCCGGUGAGAAUCCUGAUCCUGGUGAAAUUGAAGUCACGCUUAUGCAGCUUGAAGAAUACCGCGCAUUGCUCCGUGGGGAUUAGUAUAUCCACCCGUGUCGGAUGCCACUUGGAGACGUUCUAAGGGCAGUGUGG